UUGACGUACCAAAAUUUGAACUACCUCGGGAGCAUUUCUCAGGGUCGUUGACCGGUUUACCAAUUUCGGUAAAACAAGAAAAAUAGAAAUUUACAAUGUUAUUUGCUUGACAAUGAUCGCGUUUCUCUCGUGUGGCUGCAGUGUUACUAAUUGGGCUUGAUCGUUCGAGACGCUAAAAUGAUCCUCAGCCAUGGACCGGUUAUCGAAAAGUUCGAAAUACCCGACGAGUGGAGAUAUCGGGGCGAAGGAAACUGUAACGUGGUGCUCUGUUUGCCGAAAACUCGAAAGAUAUUGCGGAUCCGUAAAUCUGACAAGCCCAAAUCGAUCAUUGGCUGGAUUUUUGUGUUGAUUAGCGAUUUUCUGUUUUGGUACUGCGGGAUAGGUUUUAAGGACGAGUUAAGGGAUGUUAAUUUCUAUUCUAACAUUAUGAGACCACUUUUUGGUCAGUUUUAUACGUCGCCGGCAAAUCAAGUAGUUUUGACACCCAAACAAAUAAAAAUAUUAAAUUACGAACUAAGAAAAGUGAGACCAGAAUAUCGCCAUCACAAAACCCUUCAAUAUGGCCGGGCGGCAAUUUUUGAUGAUUUUGCAGUUUUGCCUAUGGAAAAAUUUCACAACUUACAUGCAGAAUUUGAAUCGGAAACCUUUUCUGUCGAAAUAAAACCCAAGCAGGGGUGGAGGCCGCGAGAAGAACGGGAGCAUCCCAAGUGCCUUUUUUGCAUGCAGCAGUACUUAAAGCUUGAGAAAAGGCAAAUUCAACAGGUAACUGGUUAUUGUCCUGAAGAUCUAUUUUCUGGAGAUCAGAGUCGAAUGGUAAAGGCCCUAAAACAUCUCUUCGAAGCUCCCCAAAACAAUUUUCGCAUAUUCAAAAACGGGUUCUUGGUUUACGGAAAUAAUAUGGAUAGUCGCAACGUUCUUCGGGAGAUAUUUGAAAACAACUUAACAAGUUUCGACACGUUGCUCGACGAGUUUUGCGUCUUUUUGUACGCCUGCUUGACGGCCGAUUUUUCCGAGAAUGUCGAAAACGGUUGCCCCAUUUGUGUCGGACGUGUUAACCGCGAUGUAACGUCGCCACUACCCAAAGGCUGUGUCUUAGAUAAAAUUUUAUCCGUACAAUUGCUAGAUGUGGAAGGUAACCGGAGUACGUACGAAACAUACUCGAAAUUGAGCAAUCUGGACGAGUGGAGUUUCGUUGAGAAAUUGUCGGAGGAACGGAAACGGAAAGGGGGCUGCGUGAAAUGCCUUAUCGAACAUAACAAACACGGCGACUUUGUUUUCGUUCCCUAUUUGCUAUCGGCGAUUGCGAAAGAUUGCUCUUUGAUGAUCACGUUUAAGAAACUUGCGAGAUAUUCCAGUCAUGGGAGCGUGAAACACGUGUUUAGGACGAAAUACGGCGAGUUUUUGGUCAAUAUCGGCGUGUUUGAUUUGUACCCCAAGCCGUUGUCGACAAUUGCGAAGCACUACAGGAGGAAUAUCGAGAUCGUGCAGGCGUUUGGCAGAGCGCAGAAAGUGAACUGAUCCGAAUUCCUCUCGAAAUGGCAACGACGCAGAUUACGGUAAUCUGUGAUAAUGUCUUUGUAAAUUUCUUUACAAAACAUCUCCAUUUGUUACUAUUUACAAAUCUUCUGGAUUGCUCCUGCGUCGGAUAACUCGAACUUGCUGACGUUUCGCCUGUCAUCCUGUUGGCUUCCUCGAAGCUUAACUGAAAUUGGCUCACAUUCUAGUGUGUACCUGUUUAAGGCGGGUAGAGCUAAAGGAGGGGUAUGAAAAUUGGCUCAGAUGCCUGGUUCUUUACAGAUUUUUAUGGAUCUAUGAUUUUUCUUUCACAGAGCAAUUGAAUUCAGAAAUUUUAGUGUCAAUAAGAUUUUAUGUGCGGUUUCAUGAUUGCAUUCGGCAACUGCUGAUUAGUUUAUUUAUCGUAGUCUUGAAUCUUUUUCAAGUUCUUUUAAUCUAGUUGAUUUUUUCAUCCUGUUUCUCCAAGGUAUUCUUUUCUCACACGGAAUUUUGUCUUUGAUGGAUUGAAGAUGUUGAGAGAUUUUUGGACAAGUGGUAAAUCUGGUCUUAACAUUAUAUUAUCUUUGGGAUGUGGUCAGUGAUGUUUUCAAUGUAAGGAAGGACCACAGUGGCAUCUGUGAGAUUACCUUCGGACUCAUUUUCUUUGGGAGGUUAUGGUGAAUGCUUUAUUUGUGAAUUAUUUGAGAGAAGAACAGAUGUUGGUUGUUUUCAUUCUAGCUUCAGUGAUUCGGGUUGAGAUAGUUUUACGACACUGUAAACAAACAUUGCUCCCUCUAGUAAUUGGUAUACUAGAGAUACUAAUACACUUCACCCCAACCUCCCAAAGAAAAUUACUCUGAAGACAACUCCACACUUGCCACUGUGGUCUUUCCUUUCAUUCAGAACAUAACCGACCACAUAUCAAAUAUAACGUUAAUACCGGAUUUGACACUUAUGCAUCAAUUUCGCAUGAAACACCAGAAGUGUACAGAAUUCCAUCUUUAUAUUGGAGAAACAGGACGAAAAAUAUCAACUAGGCUAAAGAACAUGAAACAGCCGAAAGACUACGACAAAUAAACUCUUCAACAGUUGCCGAACAUAAUCGUGGGGUACAUCAUAUCUAUUAGUCCAAACUAAAAUUCUUCCAUGUAAUUAAUUCUUAAGUCAAAUAAAAAAUUCGAGAUUUCAUAGAAAUAUUUAAUCAACCAACCAAUCUUAACCGCGACUGUCGGAUAUUUACCUUUCACCUAUAUGGGAAUCAGUAAUCCGAAACAAUGUUCAUGUCAUAUAAGCAGGUACAGAGUAGAAUGCAAACUUGAUGAUUGGCGAAACGUCGGCAAGUUUUAUUAAUUUACAACCAACUCAGGAAGAAUCUAGAUGUAGAGUAUUAGAAUAGCCUGUGCCAGUUUCUUUGAAAAAUUCUCUAUUUAUUCUGCAAUUUCCAGUAUUCGGAUUUUAUUACACCAAAUUCCGCAAUUGAAAACUCAUUCAAUUUACAGAGCACCCGCCUUAAAUUAUUUAUUGUAGAUUAAGCCCUGUAUACACUAUCCAAUUUCCACAUGUAUUCCUGCAUGUAUUUUUACCGGAUAAAAAUUACCGUUAAAAAUGCAUACACACAUUGCAAUUUUUGCAAUGAAAUGGGAUUGAUUAUUCUGGCGGAAUUUUGUUUUUUAAAUUUUGAUACAGUAGGCGAUACUUUUUAGUGUUUGUUUGUGUUACAUGUUCCAACGAAUAUAAUGACUCGGAUAAUCCAUAAUGCCAGUAUUACAAAAGAGAGAAUUGAGGAUGUUUAUUUGAAGCCCGGAUUAAAAUCCAAUAUUUACGAAUUACAUAUAUUAAUUUAUGUAUUCUAUAAAACUAAAUUUUUGGCAAUUCUCUUAUAUUUUGGCCUAGUUUAUUGGCUUGUUUUCUGAUAUUUUUUAAUUUUCUUGAUCAAAUUUUGCAGAACCCACAGUUUUUUAUAAUCAGAUUAUUCGCGACCAAGGAAUGAGCCUUCUAUUUAUAGGAGGGUCUACAGUUACUUCUUGAACAUUUUUUCCAGCUAGAAUUUUCCUGUGUGAUAUUUAGUCUCCCAUGUAGUUUUAUUUACGCUUUUAAGAGUAAUAUUGCGUGAUUUCGACUUUGUUUAUAUUUUGUGGAGAUUAAACCUAUAAGUUUAUAAAAAUAAACGGUUUGCGCCAACAUGCAGAAAUUGCGUCGUGUCUACUGGGCUCUAAUGGUAUAAGCAAAUAAUAUGUAAGAACAUAUUGGUACAAAAAGCAUGUUGGUAUGUAUUUAAAAUAAUACCAAAAAUCAAGUAAUAGGAAACCUGGAUUUUAUUGGCUCAAAUUGUGCAAUCAAUUCAAUUCAAUCUGCAAAUUAUUUGACAAUUUCAACACCUUUAUCGCAUUCUAUAUGCCUAUAUGUAUUAUUGCCCAUGUUUUUUAAUCCUCAAAUGCAGUUUAAUUUUUUUUUGUUGAUUAGGUAAUUCUUAUGGCGGUUUUACAUCAAACUGAAAAAACAACGCCAGUUGAAAAAAAAAAACACAAAACCGCAACUUUUUGAAGGUUUUUAUUUAUUUUUUCAAUAAAAUUCACUAAAACACAGUACAUGAUAAAACAAAAUACAAAAUUUCCUUCACUCAUGUUACUUAUCUUGCCUUAGCAAUCAUUCAGCCAUUCUCCCAGUUAAUCUGAAAAAACUCUUAAGGAGUAUAUUGCUUUAUUGAAUAACAUUUUAUUAAGUUACAUUGGAUUUCAUUGGUGGUAAGUCUAAUAGAGUCGGUCAAAUAAUUAUAAAUUUUAGGUAUUUAGGUAUUAUGUAGCGGCUUCUCACGGUAUAACUCAACUCAUGCUAUGGAACUUGCAAGUUAUUUGGUGAUCUACCAAUAUAACUGUGAGCUUUAGCAGAUGUAAAAAAGUUUUGUCAAUUUUUUCUUACAUAAGGAGCACAAUGCAAAACAUAUUAUGACAUUACAGCUCCCUAAAAAGACCUCAAUAGGAAAAUGUACUCUUUAAAUGUUAUUGAUAAUGUAAUUAUAAUAAAAGGAUAACAUAACUUCACUGCAGAAUUUCUUAGUUUCCACAAUAUGAAAGAGUACCUAAUCAUUUUGUUAGUAACUGAUUUGAUAUGACUUUUCUAAGAUGGUUUAAAGUCUAAGAUUAUGUCCAAAAUUUUACUACCUUAUUUUAGUCAUAUUCAAAACUAGGUCAUUCUCAUCGCUGAAGGACUGCUUCUUCCUUGCACAAUAAGAUGUGGAACCACUUAACUGAUGAAUAUCAGAAGUUAUCACAACAAGAGUCAUAUCAUCUGCAAAUAGCUUGCCAAUUGUGAACAUUCUUAUUCUUGAGUCUUUCAGGGUUUUUUUCCUGUAGCUCUGAGGAAGGUACUGUAAGGCCAAUAUGUAAAAAGAACGACACAGAAAGGCACACAAGCAUUUAAAAAGGUUAAUUAUGAAAUAUUAAAGCGGAAAAUUAUUAAAUGUGGAGUAAAGUGUCUGCCUUAUAGUUGGCUAUCCUCAAAUUUUGAGAGAUGAAUGGAGAAAGGGGGGCGCCUUGAAUUCCACUCAGAUUGGCAUGUAGUUGAAAGGUGGCAUAUCACAUAGCAGCUCCCCGGGUUUUAGCCUUACCCUCAAAAUUUUUAGACUUAUCCCAGUCUCCACUAGACUCUUGGAUAUGUGACUCCAUUUCAUAAUUACUUUGUAAGUUAUCUAAUCUCUAGCGUUGGGAUCAUUCAUUUGAAGGUCAAAAUUAAAAUUAAAAUCCCCACAUAUUAUAGUUUUUUAUCUGAAAAAAAUUAUCUAAAAAUAAGUUAAGACCUUGAAAAUAUUAGUGUUUGCUGAGGGAGUACGAUAGAAAUAAGAAAUCAGUAAGAGUCUACCUUUAUUUGUGAAGCACAAUUCACAAGAAGCAUAUUCCAAUACUGAAUCAAUUCUUUCAACAGAACUGCGAAUAUUUCUUUCCUUCAAGUCGUCUCUUUUCGGUUUGGUGUAAACUCGCCUUUAAAAACUACCAAAUCUGCUUUCAUAAAAAAAUUCAAACCUAAAAGUCAUUGAUAAAAUUGAAACCAGAGAUACGGGAGGUGAUUGCAAUAAACAAUUUUAUAUAAACAUAUGUCCGAUUUUUUACUGCUUUCGCGUUAUUUUGAAUUUUGUUGAAAUUUUUUGAGUUUUUAUAUUUUUGCCGGGAAUCAGUUUUUUUGCGACGGGUUUGUUUAUUAUUGUUGCGCCUAAUAUUGUAAUAGUUGUUACAAGGAGAUCGUGGCUGAAGUGUAAUGGUUAUAAUUUGUUAAGCGAAACAUAUAUGACUGCAGUUUUUUACCAUAUUUAUUUUUUUAACUAUGACUUACAUGCUUGAGUAAACGUAACUGCAAAAUAACUUGACUAUUGUAGUUAACAAUUAUUAAGAGAAUUUAUACGGUAUGAAAGAUAUUUUUAUGGGUUGUAGGAUCUUGCAGUCAACAAAAACCCACUUUUCAAUUUGCAGAGGUUUCGAAAUAUAUUAUUUCGUCUUCAAGGUUCUAUAACAAUACAAUAUUUGAAUUUGGACUUGAUAAAAAAAAGAGAAGAAAAUUGAAAUUUCGGCAUAAAUGUUCACACAAGAGGAUAAUAUCACCCUACUUUUUUUCUUUUGAACAAAUAACGCCGGCCACAAUUAAAAACAACCAGCACCAAAAAUAAAAAUAAAUACAAAGAUUCAGAAAACCCGAAAACUAUGGAACAUGUGUUUGUACUUUUUUGAGAGGUUUUAAGGGAAAAGUUUGUUUGCUUAUAAUCCAUAUCGCUAAACAAAAAAUAUUAAAAAAAAAUAUCGUAAAUAUUAAUUUAACGAUUAUUUAAUUAAAAUGUAAACGGGAUUUUUUUGAAAUAACUUCAGCCUUGGUUAAUAAUGUUGAAUUAGAAAAAGAAAUACAAAAUUUCUACCAACCCACUCUAACACACAUUCUGCAACGUCGUAUAAAAUUACGUUCACGUCGUCUAGAACACCUUUUUUCAAUUACAUAUUUCGAUUACGCAUAUCAAUUUUUAAACUUUGAAAGUUGAUUUCGCUCCGACAUUUGAUUCUGUAUAAUUUAGGCCUCCUAAAUUUAAAUCAUUAAGAGAAUUAAUAAGUGAAAAUCUCGCUUGAUUUAAAUAUUAUUUUCAUUAGUACAAGAACAAAAACCGAAUUAAAAAAUCUAAAUUAAAUAUCAAAAUCCUAAAUAAUAGUUAAAACCAUUUAUUUUUGAAAGAUCUCUGCCUAUUGGCCGAAAAACUUCGUUUAGUAUGUAUUUAAUGACCAGCAUUGCAACGUUCCAUCGACUUUGAUAUCUACGUUCCAUUUCUUUUAUAUCUUGGUGGAAUAUCUCACCUUGCUCGUCACUGACGGCACCAAGAUUUUAGUCCAGAAAAUAGUCCAAAUGUAAGUGUAAAAAGUGUAAUUUUAUUCUCAUAUUGCAUCUCAAAUACCUACAACAAUUCCUUCCUUUAAUUUUGUAUUUGGGUAAUUAUGCACGUAUUUAAAUCAUGCUCCAUCUUUAUUUAAAGCUUACAUACCUUACAAACAGUAUGUGGUUCCUCAGGUUUGUCUUGAUCGUCAAUUUUUACUUUAAAAUUGCGUUUUUUAAAAAGUGGUGUAAUUUUACGUAUAAAAUUCUUGAACACAAAAAAACCACACACAUAGCAAAAUGUAUCUGGAACAUUUGUUGCGUGAUAGUAGCAAAAAAACAUUUUCAAUUAGUCCCUAUUUAUAAUUUAUGUUUCGUUUAAUAAGUGAUAAACAACACCAUCGCAAAAAAUCGUAUUACCUGCAAAAAUAAAAAGAUUGGAAGAAUUCAACAAAAUUGGCGAUAAUUCGAAGACAUAAUAAUUUGACAGAUAUUAUUUUUUGUUGCAAAUCCCCUCCCCUAUCUCGUGUUUCAAUUUUCUGUCAAACAGAAACAAGUAAAGCACAACCUAUAAAAUUAGACUAAUAUUGUUUUUCGACUUUAAUAGGUUUGGGGUUCCCGAAGCACAAAUUUUAAGGUGUAAUUCUUAUCCAUUGCAUUAGGAAAUAUCCAUGGCAUGUGAAAAAACUUACCAAGUUUUGUGUAAGCAGAACAGUGAAUUCAAGAAAAUAAGUUAAAGGUUGAAUUUUGCUCUAAAUGAAAUGAUAAAAUUAUCUUUAUAAAAAUAUCUCUUAUUAAAAGUUUCCAUGAAUCUCUGGGGACUCACUCCUUAAAAUUUGUACUCUCACCGUAUACCGUGAUGCUAGAUCAUUAACAUUGCACUUUUUAUGUGAAUAUGUUGCACUUGUGUGUUACUGUUUAGCUGAUUUUAAAGAUAUAAGAUUAACAAAGAUUAAAUAAUAAUCUGUUGUUAGGGAAGUGGCCAAAUGGUGCACAGUAGAUAUGUAGUCACAAAGGCAAAAUGUAGAACAGCCAAUGGUUUAGGUCAUUGGUAUUGUAACCACAAGCGCCCAACAAUAUGUUUUUCUUUAAAAAGCGGCUAUAGCUACUGCAAUACCCACUUUUCGAUCAGCUCGCCACAACAACGUAACAAAAAUAAAAAAAAACCAUAGAACUUAUAACUUUAAAAGUUGAGUUGAAAAAUUAAAUUUCCAAGACCCCUGAUCCAUUUGGGAGAAGCUCUUUGCGCUAAAUCCACUCAACACAGUUUUUUAAGUCUUUUAAUCCGUUUGGAUUUAUGUAAUGUUUCAUGUAGCGAAUUAACUAGUCAAAUUAAAUAGAUUGUUUAAUUAA